AUCAUCUUAUCCAUAUUCAUGUUCAUCAUGGAGUUACCAUCACCAAACCAAUUUCCCACUUCUAGAUCCAUAAUCGCUGCUACAUAUAUCAUCUCCGUUCUGAAAUUUACAAGUCACGACGGCUUUACGGUCGAGACAUCCUCAUUUUUCCUGUUUCAGCAACCUCCAUGGCAAGAGGGGGUGAGACGAGUAGUUUACAUUUGGAUAUGGGGAUAUUGUUCAAGAGCUACUUUACAUGUUCAGGUUUUGUGGUUAAUACUGUUGGGCCCAAAUAUAGGCUGUUAGCUGACGAUAGAACCAAAAUAAGUAUUGGGCCGAGAUAAAGUCCAACGCGUAUCGGCGACCUUAGCUAAAGUUUAAUACGAAACCGGAGGCUGGAAGCUAAGGGCAAUCUUCGAAGAGGUCACGGUGAAGAGGAAGCUCACAUCAUAACAGAAGGAGCGCAUGACUCGGUCAAAAUGAGCUGUUGCGGAUUCCUCAACAAACGGAGAAGAUCUCGGAGAUCUGUUAAAGAUAAUCAAGAGAAGUCCAAGGCUAUUUAAAGAGAAAGUCGAGGACUAAAGACGGGGAUUCGAUUCAACCCUUAUUCACUUUUACGAUCAUUCACAUCAUCUCUUAAACAUUUCCUUAUCUUUGUAAUCAUCAAGAGAAACAUCUUUUGUAACCAUUCUUUACCACACUAUCAAUACAAAUCAAAUUCAUUCUAUAAGUUAUUACGGGAUUCAGCCCGCGUUAUCUUUCCCUAACCUCUUUCCUAAACUUUAACCUGACCUAAAAAUCAGGAGGUGAGUUUAAUCCCUCACAAUUGCCGCCGUCUGAGGGGAUGAAACAAUCGAAUCUCUUACUCUAACUUGAGGAUGAAUCCUACCGAUCAGACAACGAAUCCGUCUGACCUUAACCUCCCGAUUCAGAGCGAUGGCUCACCGAACGAUGGAGGCUCCAGUCUUGUAACUCCGGAGACUCGACGUGGCGACCACCGAUCUGGACAACAGCUUCCGGCUAACGCUCGAACGAGCCAGACUGCCACUGGAGUUACUAACCCGAGAUCAUCAGGUGGAACAGCUCCCGGGCUUCCAGUCACCGAGAAUCCUCAGCAGCAAGCCACUCCGAAUCAAACGGAGGCUCAGCUCUCUGAGAUUCGUCAGAUGAUGAUGCAGUUAGUGGAUAAAGCUCAGGAAAAUGAGCGUACGAUGCAUCAGCUAGCUGUUCGGCAGCAACGAUUCGAAGAGAUAACUAGAUCUCUAAACGUAACAGCUCAACCACCGCAACGUCAAACUCCGGGGGUCACUUUCCGAGAUCGAUUGACCGAUCCCUCGUUCCCCAGAGGACAUUUAGACUUUUCUCCUGGCAGCACUGUUCCGGAAGGACGGGGAUCUGCUUUCGAGACACCUCAUACUGGGACAGCUCCCGCGUUUAACCCACAUCACCAGUGCUAUGGGAAGUAACGUAGCAACAAUCAGCUCCACACCCAGUCAGAUUGCUGACCGGAGCACUCGCAUGCCUCCUCCGCCGCCUGCUUUAAGGUCCGGAGCAGGAGUAUCCUUCCCAUCCGGGGGCAGAACAUCAGCUUCGGUUUAUCAAACCAGAAGCUCAAUCCCGAAUGUGGACGGGUAUCAAAGGGCAGACACCGAUAACCCAAGAGCCGGUGAGCGACUUAGCCCACCAGCCGCAUGGGAAGAUGAACCAACACGAUUCCGCCAGGAACCUGCUCGUCAGACACCUAAUAAUGACCCAAAUAUCCUUCCCCUAGAGGGACCUGACGCCAUUCGCAGGUACAUGGAACGAACUCACGCAGCUCUCCAAAAAUUGGGAGCUCAAGUCCACAAGGCAACGAGCUCAGCUCCCGAAAUCGAUAGCUUGAUUGAGAAAACCCGUGGGACUCCAUUCACUAACAGAAUUGCCAGCUCUUACAUAAGAGAUACCCGAAAAAUUAGAAUCCCCGAGUAUGACGGGACUUCUGACCCAAAGGCCUAUUUGAGAGCCUUCCGAUUAGCUAUCGUGAAAGCCCAUUUUACGCAAGAAGAAUGUGAAGCAGGUUACUGCAGGACAUUCGCCGAUAACCUGGUCGGAACAGCCCUUGAGUGGUUCUCUGGUCUCGAACCAGCCUCGAUAGACAGCUUCGAUCAGUUAACUAAUGCCUUCAUGAAGCAGUACUCGACCCAUAUCCUGAAGCAAGCCUCUGAGGCCGACCUCUGGAAGGUCAGACAAGGAAUGAGGGACUCGCUACGAGUCUACAUCGAGAAAUUCAGAGCAGUAAGAACUAAGCUCUCGAAUCCCAACGACUAAGUCGCCAUCGAGGCCCUUAGAAGAGGUCUGUGGUAUAAAUCAGAUUUCUGGUCGGAACUAACACUCAAUACUCCUCCAACUAUCGAUGAUGCUCUUCAUAAAGCCACUAGAUAUAUUACUUUAGAGGAAGAGACAACUGCACUGGAUAAA